AUGGAGAACCGGUUCAUAGUGCGUCGCGUGGAGCAGGACCCGGCGGCGAACCAGCACCAGAUGACGCUGGUGGGCGGGCUGACGGGCCCCGCGGACCCGGGCCCGCCGCACUCCGCCCACGACAUCUUCAACUCGACGUCCACCACGUGCCUGUGCGAGCCGGCCGACCGCCGCCCGUCCAUCGUGCACCUCACCAAGGAGGCGCUGCCCCGCGUGGACUACUACAGCAACGCGCUCGAGGGCAUGAAGCGGCCCUCCCUCGGCGACCUGCACGGCGACGACCCCUGCGGGAAGCUUCCCCCUCCUUUACCCCCAUCUGAACUAUCACUGCGCGUCGCCUGCUACUACCGGCCAGCACUCUGCGGAAGAGGUGUCGAUAAGGCGUUACGCCGCGACAUUGACCCUCUUAGCCGGCGCCGUCUGCUCUCCUCCGCCCGCGGCGCUGCGGCGCUGCUCCGUCCCCAGCACCCGAGCACGUGGCGAGGCGGCGGGCGCGUUCAGAAAGGGCGCUCGGGCGAGUCUAUGGAAGGAAACGAAUUUCGCAUGGGAUUACGGCUUGGCAACCGCCAGGGAAAACAACCCUGCAGUUCCGGCCGCUGUAAAGCAUCGGGACAUGCUCGGCUGCUUCAGAGGGGCACCGCCGGGGGGCGCCUUCGUCAGAGAGAAAGCUGCGUGCGAGUUCGGAUGCAGCACUUCCGAGCGAACGAUGCGGACCUGGAGCAGCAGCACGAGGCCGCCGACGUGGGCGGGGGCCACGGCAUCAAGCUGGGCUGGAUCCAGGGCGUGCUCAUCCCGUGCCUGCUCAACAUCUGGGGCGUCAUGCUCUUCCUGCGCCUCUCCUGGGUUGUGGCGCAGUCCGGCAUCGCGCAAACGCUUAUCAUCAUCGCUGUCUCUGCUGUCGUGUGCGUCCUCACCACGCUCUCCAUGUCUGCGAUCAGCACCAACGGCGAAGUGAAAGGAGGUGGUAUCUACUACAUCAUUUCUCGAUCUCUGGGCCCUGAGUUUGGAGCGUCCAUCGGCCUCGUGUUCGCAUUUGCCAACGCGGUGGCAGCCUCCAUGAACACCAUCGGCUUCUGCAACUCCCUCAACGACCUGCUCAAGUCGCAAGGGCUGCAGAUCGUCGACGGCGACGUCAACGACGUGCGCAUCGUGGGAGUGAUUGCCCUCCUCGUCAUGGUGCUAAUCUGCGCCGUCGGCAUGGAGUGGGAGUCGAAGGCCCAGAACUUCUUGAUCGCCAUCAUCAUGGGUGCCAUUGUGGAUUUCAUCGCUGGAACCAUUGUAGGACCGAAUACUGAUGAUGAAAAAGCAAAAGGUUUUGUCGGAUUUGAUGUGGAAGUCUUGCGCAACAAUUGGGGACCGAGCUAUCGAUUUAGCGAGAACGUGGAUCAAACUUUCUUCUCGGUUUUCGCUAUUUUCUUCCCGUCAGUGACGGGGAUACAAGCUGGAGCCAACAUUUCUGGAGAUCUCAAGGACCCGGCCGCCGCCAUCCCCAAGGGCACGCUGCUGGCGCUGCUGCUGUCGAUGGUGUCGUACGCCGUGUUCGUGGUGUUCGCGGGCGGCGCGGCCUUGCGCGACGCCAGCGGCAACGUCACCGAGCUGGCCAGCGGCGCCUUCUCCGACUGCUCGGGCCGCCCCUGCGACUACGGCCUCAUGAACAGCUACUCGGUCAGUGCCCACUCCGCGUCUUUCUGCUCAAGAUUUACUUUAGCGAAAAUGCACAGAGAACACGGCGAAAACGCUUAUUCUUAG